AUGGAUCUACUUGUCUUCUUCAUGGUUUGUGGAGUAGCUCUGUUUGGCUCUUGUACCAGUGGAAAUGCAGAAUGGCCCCCUGCUGCCUAUAAGAGAGUCGUCGAAUGCAUUCCAACGGGAAAACCACCAACGCCCCCACCGCCGUACGACGUAGCAUUUUGUCUUGCUUUAAAGGUUUUACGGAAUAUUUUGCAUACUUUAUAAUUGUUUAAUCAACGAAGCAGCACGUUGAGGUACAAGGGGUCAAUACUGAAAAUGUCCCGGGAAUAUUCGGUUCUCAAUAUAAAAAGAAUGGAGGAUGCUUGUCGUCUCGCAUAAGUGGGGUUAAUGGUCAAGUAAUACGGGCAACAUUUUCGCACAACUUGUCGCGUAACAUUGUUGCGUUGCAAGUUGAAAAGCGUUGUUUCCCGUAUUAUUAUUAUUAUUAUUAUUAUUAUUAUUAUUAUUUAAAGCAAAAACAUGUGUCGAAACAUGAAGUCUAUUUUUACUAUGGGUAUCUGACAGUGGUCAAAAACAUUUUGAGCCGCGCUCAGAAAAGUUUUCUGGCGUUUGCUUAAAAAUUUUCGACGAGUAUUCCUAUUUGUUCUCUGAGGGAAUCGUCCUCCAACCCCCUGCGCCCCCCCCUCCCUUCUGCACGGGUAAAAAUGCUUGCGUGGCUGAACCCGACUGCCCUCGGCAGACACUGCAGGAGAUAACUUCACCACGGAAAAAAAAAAGGAAAGGAAAAGAGACAACAAACAAACAAACAAAACAAACGAAAGAAAUGAAUUUCCCUUUUAUAUAAGGCUUGUAACCAAAAGUAUUAACGCUUUUAUUUUCAUGUCUUAACCAGAUGGAUUCCGAAUGCCUUCUAGAGCCAUUAAAUGCCACAUGUCACCGCGAAGUAUUUGACUUUUAUCGUGCGUACAACCUGGAACGGAUUUAUCUUACCCGAAAAUCUGACUUUUGUCCGGAGCCACUUCCUUACGAGGAAUUAAGGGAGCUUGUCCUCGAAUCUGGUAAGUCAUGAUCUUAAAUAACAGCGUGGUUUACUCAGUAGAAACCUUUGCUGGAUACAGAAUUCUACUCAACAUGUAAAUAAAACCGCCUGGUUCCUUCUUGCUGAAUCACUAAUCUAGAGAUGCGAGACGUCCCUUGAAGUGUUUUCAAAAACUCAACUGAAUGCAAGGCUGGCAAUACGGCAAAGGGCUGAUUUCUUUGGGGCCAAUAUUUCGGAGGGUAGUUUACGUUUUCGGGAAGUGGGAAAGGGCACACUCCCAUGUUUUUUUUCUUUUAGAAAGUCAUAUAGUCAUGUACGGCACCUUAAGGGUAUGGUUUUUAAGCCGUUGAAUCAAAACUAGUGUGUUGAUUUUAUUUACGUUUUGAGGUCAAGAAAUGGGAAACGGGUUUCUAGAUCCUCCCCUUUAUCAAGCACACAUUCAAGUGGUUCCUAGCUUGAACUUAAAGCUAUUUAUCAAGUUUCGCGUCUUUAACUGAAUAUAUACUUCUUGAGUACUCUCUGACCGGUUGACUCAUCUCUAUAUGUCAAAUGGCUUUCUUUUCUUAAUAGGUAUCAUGGAGAAAGAACAUCUCCCUAGUAUUGGUAAGCAUGCAUGCAAAGCGAAAUUAGCCCAGUUGGAAUGCUGUAAUAAUACUCCUAAAGCGGCUUGUAAGACAUUUGCUUGGGCACAUGGUUUUUUAUUACUUAUCCAGGAUGUGGUAGACUGCGAGAAGUCUCUUAUUUUCUUUUGAACCACGAUAGAUGGCGAGCAUGGUAAAUCGCGAGCAUGGUAAACCGCGAGCACUCGCGAGGAACGAAGGCGAAGCCUGAGCGAAGAUUUUUCCAUUUCAUUUUCCCUCUCCGUGACCCAAACUCUCCUCCUUUUUACCGUUUAUGUGCAUAAGAGUCUGAGGAUAGAAGGGAGACCGCUUACGGUCUGGUCGUGGUCCAGCUAGACAGCUUAUUUAGACACAUACACAAACUUUAUUAAGUGACGGACCAUUAGAAAAGUGAUGAAGGGGGAGGGGGGGUGGGGGGUGAGGAAUUUUCAACUUUCCUUUUUUUUUUUCGCUCACUGCUUGUGCAGGAAUUUGUUUUUUCAGGUGAACCCCUCUGCACGAAUUUUUUUUUCAGUCAAAUAUUGCUUUUUUUGAACAGUGAAAUCUUGAUUCAUUAUCUAUGUUUUUGUGCUUUAUAAAUCAUUCUACACUCACUACAGAUCAAAGGAUACAGGCCACUUUAAUGCAAAACCUUUUCAAAAAUGUACACACAGUGAGAAAGGAGGAAGCCCCUUGGAGUGGACGGCUUCCCUGUGCAUUUUUUCAGUCCCUGCCCUCUGGAAUUCCUCUCCCACAGCCCAUCAUAAUGAUGCCAUACUCCUUUCACCCAAACAGUCCCUCUCCCCUCUGUGAAUGCACUUUUUCAUUGUAUUAUAGAAUUCUUAUUCAAGGCGGUAAGACCCAUCCUCCAAUUUUUAUUGUGGGCACAAAUAAUUUUAUAGAAUAUUUACAAAGCUACCAAAUUCUAAUAUUUAUUUAUUACAAAUUUUAUUUAUUAUUGUUAUUAUAAUACAGUAUACAGUGUAUGUUGUAGGUACACUAGCUGCAAUUUAAAACAAAAACAAGGUUCUAAUUGUCCCCUUUCAAUAAGAAGAAAGUGAUUUUUGUUUAUUCAUAUUGUGCCUGGUAAUAUUGUUGAUUUCUGAAACUCAGACUUUCUGAAAAAGUCACAAUUGGACCUUCCUUCUGCAUGAAUUUGUUUUCUUUACCUUCUUCUUUGCAUGAAUGCUUUUCUUGGCAUUUUCCCUUGCAUGAAUUUUGUUUUGGUUUUUUUCCCAUCCCCCCCAUCACUUUUCUAAUGGUCCGUCCCUAAGUAUCAGGUUUGCCUUGAGAAUUAAACGUUUCCAUAUUCAAGUCUCAGGGAUUUUUUUCUACCUUUAGAGAACGAUACCUACGUGGAGUGCGCUGGUACGGUACAGAACACUUGUGUUAAGGUGGCCGCAAGAAACUUGGAAAAAGGCAAAAAUGUCCUCCAAAUAUUCCUUAGCUAUAUCAACUGCUACGAUAAGGAAACGAAGACAUGCCCCUUUCCUAUUGCUCGUAAUAUCAACGUUGUCAUACAGGCCUUUAAAAAACAUAUUUAUGCACAUCGUGGCCUGCUCGCCAGAAUGCUGAGAAAGAUCAUUCCCGGC